GUUUUGCAUGGAAUACUUUGCCAAUAACUUUAACUGGCUAGAGGAAAGCCUUGGGCAUGUGGAGGAUGACUAUAUAUUGUUUGAUUGCCCAGUUGUCAGAGUCACUUCCAGAUGUUCAGAAAGUGAAUUUGGUCCCAGGCUAAUCUGGGUGACUGCUCUGAUUUUUAAUAGCAUCAUAUGGUGUGGGAAGGCCAUUGCAACUGCUAACUAACACUAAUUGGACAUCAAGGGAGGACAAAAACCUUCUAUUUCUUUUCCACUUCUCCAGUACAAGUUCAUUCUAAUACAGUCAAGAGUUGUCCAAAAAGAAGGAUGAUGCUUUAUCAGCCUUUAUUCAUAUUAAGUGCAAUGCUCGUAUUUAUGUAACUGAUAACUGUUCCUGUUAGCUCCACGUUUCUGCAUACUAACAUCCCGAGUGUGCCCCAGGUCAGAUCGAACUCUACACACAUUUACCAGUGAUGAAACAGCUGGUGGAGCAGCUUCAGCAGUGGGAGUUCCGUGUCUGUGGAGUUUUUCUUGUGGAUUCUCAGUUUAUGGUGGAAUCUUUUAAGUUUAUCUCUGGAAUUCUGGCAGCACUCAGUGCAAUGAUAUCUUUAGAGAUUCCACAGAUUAACAUCAUGACCAAAAUGGAUUUGCUGAGCAAGAAAGCUAAGAAGGAAAUAGAAAAGUAUUUAGAUCCAGAUAUGUAUUCCAUGAUUGAAGAUUCUACAAAUAUAUUGAAAAGCAAAAUGUUUAAAAAAUUGACUAAAUCUAUAUGUGGAUUGAUUGAUGACUAUGGUAUGGUUCGAUUUUUGCCUUUUGAUCGCUCUGAUGAGGAAAGUAUAAACAUAGUUCUGCAGCACAUAGACUUUACCAUUCAGUAUGGAGAAGAUCUUGAAUUUAAAGAACCAAAGGAAUGUGAAGAAGAUAAAUCUGCUCUUGUGGAUGAAUACUUUCAAGAUCAGGUGGAUGAGUAAAAAAAGGAUGUUCAAAAAUGGGAGGAAAAUACCUUGCUUGUGUUAAAAAAUGAAAAAAAAAGUCCACUCCUACAUAAACAUACUUGUUUUAUCUGUGAGAGAACUAAUAUUUAUAGUGAAGAGCUAUAUGACUUCAUAACUAUUUUAAUAAACAAUUUUUAUUCUUAUGCUUGUGUGUUAUAAAAUACAUGGGCUAGUGUUAGUACAUAUAAAAGUUACAUUCAUAUGUGGGUUAAAUGAGAUACAUCCAUAUGAGGGUAUCUCACUUAUGCAUAUGAAUGUUUGAGAAAAAAUCUAAUUAUUUGCAAAAGAGGCAAAGCCAAACCUCUGUAUGUUGUGAUAUAUCCUUAUCUCCAGUACUGAGUAGUUAGUUUCAUUAUUAGAUGAGAGAAGUAAUUGUUCUAAAGGGUGAAAAUUGUACUUCAUGAGCUGAACCUGAAUUAGGCGAAAAGAUGACUGGCAACUUCAAAGGGAGAUCUGGUCUGUGGGUGGUCUCUCACCCUUCUUGAAGAACAUGAAUGUUUUACAUUCACUUUGGAAGAGCCCAGAUUUUAAGCUGUCUUAAGGCUGUUUUUUGUACAACUUGCACAUGGCUUUAAGUGGUUUAUACAUCAGUAACAUCUUAAGUGCAGCGCAACAUUUAAAGAAAAUCAGCUUAAACAGAACUAAGGGUGGUCUUGUGCAGUCAUGUUAGCUAAUGAGGAAUUCAGCAAUAAAUAAAUGAGCUCUUUCUUUGUUCACCUGAAUAAAGAACUCUUACUCCUACUAUGGACACGUUA